AGAUCCUGCUCCAGGAGCCAGGAAGCCUUUCCCUGGCCAGCUGUGCUGGGCCCCUCCCCUGCCUGCUUCCCGGCCCACGUGCAGGCAAGGAGAGGGCAUGCGAGUGGCUGCCACUGCCUGGGCGGGGCUCCAAGGGCUGCCCCUCCCCACCCUCUGUCCCGUAGUGGUGCCUGGACUCUACUGCCAAGACCAGGCUCACGUUGAGAGGUGGGCUAUGACCUCCGAGGCCUCUUCUGGAAGCCACUGUGCCAGGAGCAGGAUGCUGCGGCGGCGGGCCCAGGAAGAGGACAGCACCGUCCUGAUCAAUGUGAGCCCCCCUGAGGCAGAGAAUAGGGGCUCUUACGGGAGCACAGCCCACACCUCGGAGCCAGGUGGACAGCAAGCGGCCGCCUGCAGAGCUGGAGCUGGGAGCCCUGCCGAGUCCCGGACUGACUUUGUCCUUGUUUGGGAGGAGGACCUGAAGCUAGACUGGCAGCAGAACAGUGCCUCCCGGGACAGAACAGACACGCACAGGACCUGGCGGGAGACUUUUCUGGAUAAUCUUCGUGCGGCUGGGCUGCAUGUAGACCAGGUACGUGGAGGCGGUCGUGGGCAAGGCCCUAGGCCCUGCAUCCACUCGGUGACCCAUUACCUUGCUGCAUGAGGCCUGAGGGCAUGGUGUCCAGAGCCCCAGAGCAGAUCAGCCCCCCCGCCCCCCUGCCACCCACCAUGGGGAGCUGCUGUCCAGAGGGCGGGGUAAACAUGGAUCCCUCCUGGCACACUCAGCUCUCUCAUAGAGGCCGGAGCCCUCAGGGUCACCUGAAAACUCUCACACUACCUUUGCCAUUCAUGUGUCCUACUUCCAGCAUUAAAGCUUUUGUGUAG